UGUUUAGGAGGCUGCAGACACUAAUUAAUCAUAAAGGAGACGAUUCUAAGGGCAAGCACUGGACUUCUGCUCGCAACCCUGUUCCUGACUCACAGAUUCUAUUUGUUUGCACAGCACUGCCCCAAGGAACAACAUAAAAGCAGUUCACAAAGAGACACAAAUUCUACUCAGCAUGAAAAUCCCAGCCAUCUGACGUAGAGGGAUUUAUAGGUUUAGUGGAAAUUGCUUUCCCAGCAUCCAGAUUAAAUACUGACUGGCAUUUUGUCUCUGAACUGGUAAACAUCCUUCUAAUAAUGAGAUGACCCAACAAUGUAUGAAGGCCCAGAUAGAUCUCAGUUUUAGAGCUUCUCCCGUGGACUAAUUUUGGGCCGUAGGCUGCUAGGUAUCAUGCUGACUAACAGUAACGUUCAGACCUGCAUCUUUCUACUUCUUUGGGGAUGGACAAUGUCAACUGAGAGCAGAACCCAGCAGCGUGUGAAAGGCGUACCUGAGCUGUACAAACAGGGCAGUAGGCCACACAGACAGAGAAGGGAAGUGCAUCAGGAGUCACACAAGCAAGGCAGCCCUGUAUUUAAGAGAAGUCCCGACAUCACAAAGUCUCCACUCACAAAGUCAGAGCAGCUUCUCAGAAUAGAUGAUCACGACUUCACCAUGAGACCUGGAUUUGGGGGUCCUGCAAUACCAGUGGGCGUUGAUGUACAAGUGGAAAGUUUAGACAGUAUUUCAGAGGUUGAUAUGGACUUCACUAUGAAAUUGUAUCUAAGACACUACUGGAAAGAUGAGCGCUUGUCCUUCCCCAGUUCCAACAAUCAGAGUAUGACGUUUGAUGGCCGGCUAGUGAAAAAGAUUUGGGUUCCCGACAUGUUCUUUGUUCAUUCCAAGAGAUCCUUUAUUCAUGAUACCACAACAGAUAAUAUUAUGCUGAGGGUUCAACCUGAUGGGAAAGUGCUGUACAGUCUCAGGGUGACAGUGACAGCAAUGUGCAAUAUGGAUUUUAGCCGUUUUCCUCUUGACACCCAGUCCUGCUCUUUAGAGAUUGAAAGCUAUGCAUACACAGAAGAUGAUCUUAUGCUAUAUUGGAAGAAUGGUAACGAAUCAUUAAAAACUGACGACAGAAUAUCAUUAUCACAAUUCCUUAUUCAGGAGUUUCACACGACUACAAGGCUUGCUUUCUAUAGCAGCACAGGAUGGUACAAUCGCCUGUACAUCAACUUUACAUUACGGCGCCACAUCUUCUUCUUUCUCCUACAAACAUACUUCCCAGCAACCCUGAUGGUGAUGCUCUCUUGGGUGUCUUUCUGGAUAGAUCGCAGGGCAGCUCCUGCCAGAGUUCCCUUAGGUAUAACCACGGUGUUGACUAUGUCUACCAUCAUAACGGGAGUAAAUGCCUCCAUGCCCAGAGUCUCAUACAUCAAAGCCGUGGACAUUUACUUGUGGGUUAGUUUUGUGUUUGUCUUCCUAUCGGUGCUGGAAUAUGCAGCCGUGAAUUAUUUGACCACUGUGCAAGAGAGAAAAGAAAGGAAAAUGCGGGAAAAGUAAUGUUACUAGAUUCAUUGGAUUCACCAAUGGACACUCAAAAGAAUUAUCAGCAAGCAACAAGAACUCACAUGUCACAUGGGACCGGAGAGGUAAUGGACACAGAUAAGCAGAAUAAAUUAAUGGAGCUAUUGUGACGCUUAGGAAAUAGAAGACUGCAUUUGUGACCAUGUAUGUGUCACUUACUUUGAGCAUUUAAUCUUCACAAAAGAAAGUUGUCUACGCUCUAGUUUUUUUUUUUGUUUUCUUAAUGUGGUGGGUAGAAAUUUGAUCAAGUCAGUCCAGAUUGGUCAUAGUACAAGCAAUUUGCAUCUGUUAAAAUUACAGAUGUGAACCGUGUCAAAGAAUUUAAAAAUAUUUAGCAUUGGAAAAUAAUUGAAGAUUAAUGUCUUUAUAUUAUUUAUAGUCUAAGGCUGAUGC